UUGUUCUUACUCUUUGUCUGUCUUCUACUCGCAGUCAUUCGUCGUCUCUGUCGGUCACCGUCAAUCUCCGGUCGUUUGAUCUCGCCCGAAAUCCUUUGUUGAUCGGUGAAGCCAUGUCUCUCAGACCGAGCGCGAGGACGGAGGUUCGCCGGAACCGGUACAAGGUCGCGGUCGACGCGGACGAGGGUCGCCGGAGACGGGAGGAUAACAUGGUUGAGAUCCGGAAGAACAAGAGGGAGGAGAACUUGCAGAAGAAGCGGCGUGAGGGGCUCACGGCGGCGCAGCAGCGGCAAGAGCUCCCGUCGUCUCUUUCUUCGGAAAAUAAACUAGAAAAUCUGCCGACCUUGGUCGCUGCAGUUUGGUCUGAAGAUCGGAAUGGACAACUGCAAGCUACAACUCAUAUCCGGAAAUUGCUUUCAAUAGAGCGCAAUCCGCCAAUCAAUGAAGUGAUACAAUCUGGUGUUGUUCCUCGUAUCGUGCAGUUUCUUUCAGGGGAUGACUUCCCCCAACUUCAGUUUGAGGCUGCAUGGGCGCUCACCAAUAUUGCUUCAGGGACAUCAGAGAAUACCAAGUCCAUUAUGGAUAACGGGGCUGUCCCAUUAUUCGUCAAGCUUCUCGGUUCUCCCAGUGACGAUGUCAGGGAACAGGCUGUUUGGGCAUUAGGAAACGUUGCUGGGGACUCGCCAAAAUGCCGUGAUCUUGUCCUGAACUAUGGGGCCAUGAUACCUCUUCUGUCACAGUUUAAUGAGCAUUCGAAACUUUCAAUGCUGAGAAAUGCCACAUGGACGUUAUCAAACUUCUGCAGAGGAAAGCCUCAGCCGUCAUUUGAGCAGACAAAACCGGCUUUACCAGUUCUCGAGCGCCUUGUCCAUUCACAAGAUGAAGAAGUUUUGACGGACGCAUGCUGGGCUCUGUCAUACCUCUCAGAUGGUACAAAUGACAAGAUACAAGCUGUUAUCGAUGCAGGCGUUGUCCCCCGACUCAUUGAACUCUUAACUCAUCAAUCGCCAACAGUGGUGAUCCCUGCUCUUCGCACGGUUGGAAACAUCGUUACCGGAGAUGAUAUGCAGACCCAGGCGGUUCUUGAUAAUCAAGUCCUUCCUUACCUCGUGAACCUCCUGACAAAUAACUACAAGAAGAGUAUAAAGAAAGAAACUUGCUGGACUAUCUCAAACAUUACAGCAGGCAAUGCAAAUCAGAUACAAGCGGUAAUUCAAGCUGGCAUUAUUCCGCCUCUUCUCCAGUUGCUCCAAAGCGCCGAAUUCGAGAUAAAGAAGGAAGCCGCAUGGGCGAUAUCCAAUGCCACAUCUGGUGGAGCCCAUGAGCAAAUCAAGUAUCUUGUGAGCCAAGGAAGCAUCAAACCAAUGUGUGAUCUGUUAGUUUGUCCGGAUCCGAGGAUCAUAACGGUAUGCUUGGAGGGUCUAGACAACAUACUGAAAGUGGGAGAAGCAGAGAGGAACUUAGGGAACACAGGGGAAGAUAAUAUUUACGCGCAAAUGAUAGAAGAAGCAGAUGGGUUGGAGAAGAUAGAGAAUUUGCAGAGCCAUGACAACAACGACAUAUACGAGAAGGCCGUGAAAAUGCUGGAGACUUACUGGUCGGAUGACGCUAGCGAGGAGAACAAUGAUGGCGGUGAUGGUUUCGAUUUUGGUAACAGUUCUGAUGUCCCUCCCGGUGGAUUCAACUUCGGUUGAAAGGUAACCAAUCCGGUUGCAGGACAAAGAACAGGACACCCCUCGAGACACCAAACAGGGAUGGUGUCGUAAAAUCGCGGAAAGCUGGGAAAUUUCGAUCUGAUUUUUUUUUUGGAACUCGUUUUUUGUAUGACCCAGUCCGUCGCCAAUUUCGAUUGUUGGGAAUCGGGGGCAAUUUUUAAUUUAAUUUAAUUACGUUUCUGUUUUUGU